AUGGCAGGAAAUUCCACCGUCCCGGUCGGGCUGUUUGUCUCCCCGAAUUACCAGUGGAAACCUCCAACUGAGAACGAGUAUAUUCAGUUCCUGAUGCAGAUAAUCAUCAACCGCCUAUCACUAGUAUCCGAUGGUCCGUCAGCAGAGACCUGGUUGAGAUGGUCCGUCGUCGCAUACAUCGGCCUCAUCAACAUAAGCGUCUUCAUCAUAUGGAUCCCCUCCCAACUUCAUGUAUCCGACAGGUGGAUGCACAUUAACAGCAUCUGGGACAAGAUCGAGAAGGUCCUGAUUCUGGUCAUCGACGCGUCCCUCAAUUGCUACUUUAUCUACAUCGUACGAACGCGGAUGAUCGCAAAAGGCUUGACCAAGUACAAGACGAUCUACAAGUUCAAUCUGACUAUGAUUUUCUUUUCCAUCAGUCUGGAUUUCAUCAUCAUCGGCUUAAUGGUCUUACCGAAUCAUAUCAUGUUCAUGUUGUUCCAAAACGCAGCCUAUAUGGUGAAGCUACAAAUAGAGAUGACAAUAGCGGACCUCGUCGGCAAAAUCCGUAGAUCGGGAUCGAAGCGUUCAGCUGGGAGGUGGCCUCCCAGCCGCCGAGUUGACAACCGUCGAGAAAGCUGGACGUCAGCCCACGGGGCUCGAAAGUUCAUCGCAACGAUAUCCCGCGGAGCCAAUCACACUGAAAACCUCACACAGCAUAGCGCGCACGCGGAACACGUCCGCCCUAUGGACCUCGCAAGAUGUGCCAGCAACCUAGACGCCCUGUUCCCCCCGCCGACGGGCAUCAAGAGAACCAUCAGGACCGACGUAUCUGUGAGCAGGAGGGGUGAUGAAGGGAGCUUUACCAGUAGUAGCUUGACCUCCACUGAGCACUUACCUGACCAGGCAGAGCUGGGAACAGGCGACUGGGACACGGCAUUUGAUAACAUGACGAAACUCAGUACCCGUGAGCAUACACAUACAACCUGA